AUGGGGACUACCUUCGGCUCCGCAGUCAAGACUGUCCUCUUCAUGGUCCUUCUGAAGAACAGCCAGUUCCAGGUCAUCCAAUUCACAAUUCUGAGAUCUAUUCUGGCCACCCAACUCCUUUGUCUUGGAUUGUGCUUCACCGUUGGCGGCAUUCGUUAUAAUGGACAAGAAUUCGAUGAAGUAGUCAGUGAGGUUGGUGGUGAUCUGCUCUUGGUAGCCGUCUUUGGCCUCAUCAUUCCUGCGGCCUUCCGAACAGCAGUAAUAGCCAGUGAUAAUAUGGAGAGAGCUUUCAUCGAUGCCAAGAUCCUCAGCAUCUCUCGUAUUACUUCGAUUCUCCUUAUUGUCGCCUACACCAUCUGUGUAUUUUCUCAAUUGCGUACCCAUCAGAGUAUCUACGGUGCCAUCUUCGAAGCGCCGACAAUCACAAACACCCCCACAGACACAACGAAUCCCACACAUCUAAGCUUGCCUUUACGGAAUGUGUGA